AUGUAUCUGAUGAAUCAACUGAUGACGAAGAUGAAACAAAAAAAAAGAAAUGAUGAUGAAAUUCUUUCGAAUUCUGCAAGUUCAUUAUCAACCGAUGAAACUUCAUUAAAUCAUACCAAAAAUAAUAAUAAUAAUAAUAAUUUCGGUAUGUCAAAUAUUCAACAAACCAGUGAUUAUGAAUCAUUUCCUGAUUGCAUGUGUCAAUCAUCAAUUAUUGGUACUGCUAAUGCUCGUACUACUACAGCUUUGGCAAAUAUCAAUUUAGAUAAUCGCUUUAGUUUUCAAUCAUUCAUCCGAGUAAAUGGUGAAGGUUCAUCAUUACCAAAUGAUCAACAACGAUAA